CCCCCAACAAGCCUUUUCCAGCCACCCCGUCGCCCAGGCCUGGGCACUGUUGGGAAACCCAUCCGGCUCCUUGCCAACCACUUCCAGGUUCAGAUCCCCAAGAUUGAUGUUUAUCACUAUGAUGUAGAUAUCAAACCAGAGAAACGUCCCCGGAGAGUCAACAGGGAGGUGGUGGAUACGAUGGUGAGGCACUUCAAGAUGCAGAUAUUUGGGGAUCGGCAGCCUGGCUACGAUGGGAAGCGGAACAUGUACACGGCACACCCCUUACCCAUUGGCAGGGACAGAGUGGAUAUGGAGGUUACACUUCCAGGAGAGGGGAAGGACCAGACAUUUAAGGUUUCCAUUCAAUGGGUGUCAGUUGUCAGCCUUCAGAUGCUGCUGGAAGCACUGGCAGGGCACUUGAAUGAAGUUCCUGAAGAUUCUGUACAGGCACUGGAUGUAAUCACACGGCACCUUCCCUCCAUGAGGUACACCCCUGUGGGUCGCUCCUUUUUCUCCCCUCCUGAAGGUUAUUACCACCCCCUGGGAGGGGGCAGGGAGGUCUGGUUUGGCUUCCACCAGUCGGUCCGUCCUGCCAUGUGGAACAUGAUGCUCAACAUUGACGUGUCAGCGACUGCUUUCUAUCGUGCCCAGCCUAUCAUUGAGUUCAUGUGCGAGGUUUUGGACAUCCAGAACAUCAGUGAACAAAGCAAACCUCUGACAGACUCCCAGCGUGUCAAGUUUACCAAAGAAAUCAGAGGUCUAAAAGUAGAGGUUACCCACUGUGGCCAGAUGAAAAGAAAAUACCGAGUUUGCAACGUUACCCGGCGACCAGCCAGUCACCAGACGUUCCCUCUGCAGCUGGAGAAUGGGCAAGCUAUGGAGUGCACAGUAGCUCAGUAUUUUAAGCAGAAGUACAGUCUGCAGCUGAAAUACCCUCACCUGCCCUGUCUCCAAGUGGGUCAGGAGCAGAAGCACACGUAUCUGCCACUGGAGGUGUGUAACAUUGUGGCUGGCCAGAGGUGCAUCAAGAAACUCACAGACAAUCAGACCUCGACCAUGAUAAAAGCAACAGCCAGGUCUGCCCCAGACAGACAGGAGGAGAUCAGCAGAUUGGUAAAGAGUAACAGUAUGGUUGGUGGGCCUGAUCCAUAUCUGAAGGAGUUUGGAAUUGUUGUCCAUAAUGAAAUGACAGAGCUGACAGGCAGAGUUCUGCCAGCCCCAAUGCUGCAGUAUGGAGGCAGGAACAAGACUGUGGCCACACCAAACCAAGGCGUGUGGGACAUGAGAGGGAAACAGUUCUAUGCUGGCAUUGAGAUUAAAGUUUGGGCUGUUGCCUGUUUUGCUCCUCAAAAGCAAUGCAGGGAAGACUUGCUGAAGAGUUUCACAGACCAGCUGCGCAAGAUCUCCAAGGACGCCGGGAUGCCGAUCCAGGGCCAGCCCUGCUUCUGCAAGUAUGCCCAGGGUGCAGACAGUGUGGAGCCCAUGUUCAAACACUUAAAGCUGACUUAUGUUGGCCUGCAGCUCAUCGUGGUGAUUCUGCCUGGGAAGACGCCUGUGUAUGCUGAAGUCAAGCGGGUUGGAGAUACUCUUCUAGGCAUGGCCACACAGUGUGUUCAGGUAAAGAACGUGGUCAAAACCUCACCACAAACGCUGUCCAAUCUGUGUCUGAAGAUCAAUGCCAAGCUUGGAGGAAUCAACAAUGUGCUGGUACCUCAUCAAAGGCCCUCGGUGUUCCAGCAGCCAGUGAUCUUUUUGGGAGCAGAUGUCACCCACCCUCCCGCCGGGGACGGGAAGAAGCCGUCCAUCGCGGCCGUGGUGGGCAGCAUGGACGGGCACCCCAGCCGCUACUGCGCCACGGUGCGCGUGCAGACCUCACGCCAGGAGACCUCCCAGGAGCUGCUCUACAGCCAGGAGGUCAUCCAGGACCUGACCAACAUGGUCAGGGAGCUGUUGAUCCAGUUCUACAAAUCCACUCGUUUCAAACCCACGAGGAUCAUUUACUACAGAGGGGGAGUUUCGGAAGGACAGAUGAAACAGGUAGCUUGGCCAGAGCUGAUCGCCAUCAGGAAGGCCUGCAUUAGUUUGGAGGAAGAUUAUAGACCUGGAAUAACCUACAUUGUUGUGCAGAAAAGGCAUCACACCAGGCUAUUCUGUGCCGACAAAACUGAAAGGGUUGGUAAAAGUGGCAACGUACCAGCAGGCACGACUGUGGACAGCACCAUCACACAUCCCUCUGAAUUUGACUUUUACCUCUGUAGCCAUGCAGGAAUUCAGGGAACCAGCCGUCCCUCCCACUACCAGGUGCUGUGGGAUGACAACUGCUUCACGGCAGACGAGCUGCAGCUGCUGACGUACCAGCUGUGCCACACGUACGUGCGCUGCACCCGCUCCGUCUCCAUCCCCGCGCCCGCCUACUAUGCCAGGCUGGUGGCCUUUCGGGCCAGGUACCAUCUUGUGGACAAGGAUCAUGACAGUGCUGAGGGCAGCCACGUGUCGGGGCAGAGCAACGGCCGCGAUCCGCAGGCGCUGGCCAAGGCCGUACAGAUCCACCACGACACCCAGCACACCAUGUAUUUUGCUUGAGAGCACCUGGGAAGAUGAGGCAAAACAACAACCCAUGCAGUCCUGAAGUGUUUGGAAGCCUCCUGCUCUAUCCAGGGCCGGGGGGUUUCGGACUGCCCACUACCAGCAGCUCCGGACAGUCGCACUGAAUCUGUUCUUCACUGCAACGUCUGAUGCACCAACACAAUUGAGCCAUUUGUUUCAUUGUUUUCUGUACUAGAAAUCCAUAGACUUGUCUUUUCUGAUGCAUUGGACUGAAUUUUUACCUCAAAGCGCAAAGGCCGAUCAUCCUGAAAUUUUUCAAGGACUUGGCACGAAAGGUUUCUAUCAAAUCUUUUGCUAGCUGUGGUUUUUCAGUUCUUCUCAUCCCAUGAGCUGACGGUGACUGCUGCUCUGUCUCCGUGCCCUGCUUUGUGAGUAUGAUGUGAUGGCAAAUGUUUUAUCCAGCUCGCUGUAAUCCUUCUGUCGUGUGGGGCCAUAGAUUUUUUAAUGGAGAUUUUAGACUUCACUACUGUAAAUGCCUUUUAACAAACAUGACUUUCACAGGUAUUGCAGUUUUUUGUCAGUUUUACUAAUUAUCUUUUUAAUCUCUGCAGACUUGGGCUGCAAAGCAAUUGCACUAUACUGCGAAUUAAUAGGUGGUUCUUGUUCUGUGAAUGUGUAAUAUAACCAAUAGUGAUGCCUGUCAGUAGAUUUUAAUGAUAAUGGUUAUAAAUAAUACUGCCAUGGUAUCGUAACAAGUACUGAACCAUCAUUUCCCCCCUCUAAAAAUGAUAAAACAAAAAAAAAAAAUUUAGCUUUUAGGUAUUUUGCAAACUUUUACAAAAGUGCCCACUUUAUGCUGCUGUGUGGUUUGAUAAAUCUAAGUGAUUUUAAAACUUUUUUCUCAUAGAAGGUUUAACUUUGGCAAUAAAUCUUUGUUUUUUAAGCCCCCCCAAACAGUGUAAUUUUCUAGCUGAGGAUUGUGCAUGAGUUUAACCAACAUUCUCAUGUCGUUUUCUGAACACACAAUUUGGCAGUUUCUGAAACAAAUUGGAAAAGACGCAUUUCCAUGCUUUUUUUAAGAAUUAUUUUUAACUGUUUUAUAUUUACUGUUGGUGUCCUGUCUACAACAUUUUUUAUAAGCUUGGAAACUGGGUGUUCUAUGUAGGAAAGGCCAACGUGUGCAGUUGAAAUGUAUUGUGUGACAGGCAACCUGAGGACUUGUACCAGCAUUUUGAACUGUUUUUUUCCUGGGAAUCUGGGUUGCCCACACAACUGCAUUUACAGCAUGUUGAACCCAUGUGAGUAUCAAAUGCUGAUUCUGUCCCAGCCUAGAAAUUAGGGUUUUUAAUCUGCUUGGCUUUUUUCAGCUGCAACCUGUAAUCCAGAACAGGGACCUGGUUUCCCUGGUAUUCCUGUAAUCCAUGAACGUAGUAAUUUAAGACUAGAUUCCUUACUGUAUACCUGAGUUAGUGCAGAUUAAAGCUUAUUCCUAAACUGAGGAGGAGUUUGAGAAGCCCAAGGAUUGCACUGUGGUCUCUGAUACUUGUGUGGGGUUUGCUGCUAAGUUGUCUGCUGUCCCAAAGCUUAGGAACCAGCCCCCUCCAAAUUUCAGCAAUAGGAAAUGCUGUUUCCUUCAGUCUUUAAGCUUGUAAAUAAAUGAAAGUUUACAUUUCUAAAUGCUGUUGUUUUCAGUUGUACCAGAGUACACUGAACAUCUUUAAACAGUUUUAUAAUCUCCUUGCCAGUAGUAUGUCUCAUAAAUUAAGUUUAACCUCUUUUCAUUUCUGUUGAAAAUGGGACUGAAGUGAACCCUGCUCCUGGC